CUCACCUCAGCUCCUUCGGAAGGAGUUUCAUGAAAGUGCCUAUGACUGGGCCAGGACAGCAUACAGAGGACCCCCAGCCAGAGGACUCGACGGGAGCCAGCCUGGGCCUCCAGCAACCAUGCCUGAUUCAUGUUCUUUCCAGAUGGACUCUGGGGUCUCAGAGCCUGGGGAGCAGGACCUGACAGAAGCAGGGGCGGAGCAGGAACUGCGAUGGUUGGAUCUGGGCUCUGAGGAGGCUCUGGGAGCUGGGACACAGGGGCCCAGCACCCCACGGGCCUGGGGGCACUUGCUGCAGGCUGUGUGGAAGGGUCACACGGGCCUGGUGACUCAGCUGCUGCGGCAAGGGGCCAGUGUGGAGGAGAGGGACCGCGCUGGCCGGACUCCGCUCCACCUGGCGGUGUUGCGAGGCCACGUGUCGCUGGUGCGUCUCCUGCUGCAGCGCGGGGCCCAGGUCGGAGCCGCAGACCGCGCGGGGCGCACACCGCUGCACGAAGCCGCCUGGAACGCGCCGUCGCGGGUGGCAGAGCUGCUGCUGCGGCGCGGGGCGCCGGCGAAUGCAUGCUGCCUGGCCGGCCUCACGCCGUUGCACUGGGCCGCCGCUCUAGGCCGCACGCUGAUGGCUGGGCACCUGCUGGCGGCGCCGGACCCUGGCCCGACAGCGGCAGACGCGCGCGGCUGGACGGCGUCGCACUGGGCGGCCGCGGGAGGCCACCUGGCGGUGCUCGAGCUGCUGGGGGCGAACGGUGGCGCGCGUCUAGACGGCGUCCUGCUCGUGGCGGCCGCGGCUGGGCGCGCAACUGCGCUUCGUCUCCUUCUGGCGCAAGGGGCUCCAGUAGACGCCCGGGACGGUGUGGGGGCCACUGUGCUGGGCGUCGCGGCCGGCCUGGGCCGCCGGCAGGACAUGGAGGUGCUGCUUGAGCACGGGGCAGACCCAAGCCUCAAGGACAGGCAUGGCCGCUCUGCACUCCACAGGGCUGCUGCUGGUGGACAUCUGCUUGCUGUCCAGCUGCUGGCCGCCUGGGGAGCAAAGGUGGAUUCUCAGGACAAGUUGGGCCUCACCCCCCUGCACCAUGCUGCCCGGGGAGGCCACAUAGAGGUCACUGGCCACCUCCUGGACAGGGGUGCAGAGGUCAAUGCUGCUGGCUGGCUCCAGAAGACCCCCCUGCAUCUCGCCAUGGAGCAUGGCCAUGGCCCCACCACAGAGCUUUUGCUGAGCCGAGGGGCCAGCCCCACCCUGCGGACACGGUGGGGGGAUGUGGCCCAGGACCUGUGGCCUGCCCUCUGUGGAGAGCAGGAGGAGUCCUAGGGGCACAGGGCCCUGGGGUGGCAGGCCAAAGCAGGACGAAAGGCUCCGGGCUUCCAUGGCCUUCAGGACGCGCUCAGGCUUCUCUCCGCUGGUGCAGGAGAGAAGAGCCCGGAGAUUCCUGGAGGAGACAGAGGCAGUGGCUGGAGCCUGAGCAACAAAUGUGUCACUGGACCUGGAGCAGCUCCACUGACUCCCAGAGCCAUUCACCCCUGCAGCUCACGCCUUCUCCACUCUCUGCAGUGGAGAGACUGAGUCAUGACAGAACUGACUGAAACCCGAUGGUCUCCGCUUUGUCUGUCCACCGUGGGUGUGUCACCCCUGGUGUGCCCUCUGUGCACGCCGACACGCUUACUGUGUCUCCUUAGAUUCAGUGUUUGUCUGCUGGCACCCACUCACAAAUGAUGGGGCCGAAUGAAUGGCCAGCUGUUCUCCUCUCCCCUGCCACCUGACCCACCCCCAAACUGCCUUCUCUCAUGUUACCAGCUGACGUCCUCCUGCCCAGAAUCACUCAGAGCCAGACAUGCUUCUGUGCACCAAGGCCCAGUGGAUUAUCACACAAACUAGCCCCAAACUGUUACCCUGCCCUGCCCUGCCAUUCCUGCCGGAACCCUAAUAAAGGCCUGAGCCUUCCCA